ACCGUUUUCCUGUCACUCUAAGAAGGUAACCAGAGAGACAUUAAGCGAGACUGAGCAGAAAAGAGAAGGAUAACUUCGGUGGUAGGAUAGUUGAGCUGGAACAAAAGGCUUUUAUGUUUUAGGGAUACUGCUGACAACAGAAGAGCAAGUUUGUUGUGACUGGAUUUACAGAUAAAGAGCCUUGGACUUUCUGAAGCUGAGAUGCAAAAACCCAAGGAUGUCAGCACACGCGGCACAGAAGUGAGACCCUCUGUGCAGAUUACGGGUGUGAGCGCCAGUGCAACAUCCCAGGCUGCCCCGCUUACACAACAGGCUGAUCACCAAGGUAACAGCAUGGCUGAGGAAAGGCACUCGCUACAGUCACUGAGCAUUCGCAUCAGCAAAGCUAAGUCCAUCAUCACAAACAAGGUCGCCCCAGUUGUCAUCACAUAUAACUGCAGGGAAGAGUUUCAGAUUCAUGACAAGAUCCAGUCUGCAAAUUACUCAUUGGGGAGGAUAUCUGAAAUGUUGCCUGAGCACUACCUAGUGCUGGGGGAGUUUUUUAUGGUACAGGAUGUAUACAAUGGAGCUGAUGUCUUAAAUACUACAAAAAGCUGCGGGGCCCCCAACUUCCGCAAAGUGAAGGGAAACUACCCACUCUUUGGAAUGGGUCAACCAAGCCUCAGAGGUUUCAAACAGGUCCUCCAGAGACUACAGAAUGACAAGUAUGAGGAGGUGAUCUUCAUCUGUGUGAGGGAGGAGCCAGUAGUCUUCUUUCAUAUAGAUGAAGACUUCAUUCCAUACACUCCCAGACGAAGAGAAAAUCUCCAUGAGAACCUGCAUGACCUGGACAAGGGGCUCAGUGCAGUACAAAUGGAGCUGUCCAUCCAGAAAGAGUUGUGUGACUUGGCCAAACUGACUGAAAAUAUGCUCUAUGUCUAUAAUGACAUUGAACACUUCAAAGAUGAACCUCAGCGUAUUAAAAUUCUGUCAGAGGAGGACAUUUACACUACUGAGGAGGUCUACAAAAGACCCCUUUUCAGUCAACCAUUGCACAGAUAUUACAGGCUACCACUCCCUAUGGAAGGAGCACCAAUGGAGGAGAGAUUUGAUGAGUUUGUUAAGAUACUCAGGGAGAACCCAAACCUCUCCAUGAUGAGGGAUACAUCCAGACCUCUUCCUGCACUGCUCUUCAGCUGCCAAGUGGGGGUGGGACGUACCAAUUUUGGCUUAAUCCUGGGUGCCUUAGUCUUACAUCACCUGCAGGGGGCAUCACAAAACCCCAGUAGUGAGGAAGUACAGAACAGUGAACACAAGUUGGAUUUCAAAGUGAUUCAGUUGCUGGUCAGUCGCCUACCGAAAGGUCAACAGGUCCUCAAAGAGGUUGAUGAUGCCAUUGCCAUGUGUUCAGAGAUGCAUGACAUAAAAGAUGCUGUGUAUGAAAACAAACUAAAGCUGGAAGGCAUGGGGGAAGAUUACCAAAUUCAAGAAAGCAGCGCAACGGGGUAUUUCCUGCAACAAACGCUGCAGAGUCUUGAGCGUUACCUUUACCUGAUAGUAUUCAAUGCUUAUCUUCACGAUCAGUUUCCACAGGCAUUUCCCCGGAGCUUCAGUGAGUGGAUGUGUAUGAAUGCUUGGAUCUACAGACAGUUGGCAAACGUGAAUAGUUUGGAGUUCUCGGCACCAGCCAGCCUUAUAACUGAUGGAAUCAGAGUGUUGGUAUCCAGCGAGUUUUUAGUAACAGAUCUUCUCAGUACAGCCAAGGAGAUGAAAGUGGCCAAUUUCAGACGCGUUUCCAAAAUGGCUCUGUAUGGAGCAGGCCAGCCAUGUUCUGAGACACUUUCUGUCGUGCUGUCCUACCUGACGGACCACAGGCGUGGGCAUUCGGGUAUUCUCUGGAUUAAUUUACAAGAGGAGCUAGCUUUGGAGGGGAAUGGACAAAUGUUCACGCCGCGAGAGCCAGGCUAUUUGGAAGAGCCCAUUUCGGUGUGGGUUCAACACCCACGUCAGCUUCAGGAACUGGAGCUGGCGAUGAAAGAGAACAUCUUGAGGUCUGAGAAGUGGCUGGAGGUGAUUACAGAGCAAGAAAAACAGAUGAGGAUUUUGAGCAGUUGUCACACCGUAGAAGAGCUCUUUAUCCAUCAGAAGAGCAUCUAUCCUUGUCUCACCUACCAGCGGAUACCUCUAUCUGAAUGCUGUGCACCUAAAGAAGAGGUGUUUGAUCGGUUGUUGGAGGCCAUGAAAUGCAGUCUGGCUCAUGAACCCUGCUGUGCUUUUGUCUUCAACUGUCUUGAUGGGAAAGACAGAACUACCGCUGCCAUGGUCAUUGCCACACUCACCCUGUGGCACGUUAAUGGCUUUCCAGAGUGUGAAGACGAAGAGAUUGUCAGUGUCCCGGAUGCCAAGUACACCAAAGGAGAAUUUGAGGUGGUGAUGCAGGUCGUGAGGCUCUUACCUAAUGGCCAUCGUGUAAAGAGAGAAGUGGACACUGCUCUGGAUCUUGUUAGCGAGACAAUGACCCCUAUGCAUUACCAUUUACGGGAAAUUAUCAUAUCCACUUACAGACAGAUUAGGACUGCAAAAUCAGAGGCUGAUGCUCAUUGGCUGCGGUUAAGAAGUCUACAGUACCUUGAGCGCUACAUUUAUCUCAUCUUGUUCAACUGCUACCUCCAUCUAGAGAAGAAAGACUCCUGGAGGCGAUCCUUCAGUCAUUGGAUGCAUCAGGUGGCAGCUAAAGCUGGUAUCUAUACCAUUCUUAACCACCUGGGCUUUUCUGAGUUCGAGAACCUCGAAGACUCUCUGAUGGCGAGGCUGCGCUUCCGCUGGCUCCCACACACUGUCCAGUCCAUUCCUAUGAGAGGGGAUCUUAUUUAGAAAGACACAGUGGGCCCCUACAUAUUGAGUCACAUUUCUAACAUUCUUUUGUUAUAAUAAGCAUUUUAAUUAUAUUUUUACUGUGUUGAUCGAUUUGUUUGAUGUCAAAAUAGAGAAGCACAACCUAAUACCUACAUAUAAAGAAGUUUCUGCAAAAUAAAUUAACAUAUGAUCUCCUGUUGCUGAUUCAGUGAAAAGUCAUGUGCCUUGGAGAAGCUGUACCUCAUAUAGAUCAUAAUGCGCCGUCUGCAACAUCCUGUUCUUUAUUUGUUCAGAACAAGUGUUGUGUUUGUUGGCAAUAUUGUAAGACAUCUGACUGAGGCUGACGGUUUCACGCCAAACGUAAAAGUUCACCUCAGCUUUAAGGUUAUUUUAAACUUUUCAAUUGUCAAAUAUUUAUUUAUUGCUGGCAUUCCAUAAACUGGAGGGCACCAACAAUUUCCUACAGUCUCUGCAACAUCUUACAUCAGCCCUAUGCAUUUUUAGGUUUGGUUGUCAACCAGUGAAAGUUGAUGUGAAAUUAAUUCCCUGAAAAAUUGGAUGUUGUUAAAAUAGGCUCCACUAUCCACUAAGGACACUUUUAAUGACUGGGGUGCUGUGUGACUUGUAUGUAGGUAUAUCAUAACACCAAAUGGUUUGUCAGAAUAGACACAGAGCUAUGCAGCAUAUUGUUGAUGUUGCUAAACAUGUUAUUUGUAUUGGAGUUCUUCCCAUUGAGUAUAGUAUAAGCAUCAAUGCUUUUUAUUGGUGCUCCAUGAACUAUUAUAAUAAACACGUGUCCCUCCGGCCAUAUUUGAGUUUGAAAGAUACAUAGUCAUUGAAAAAUUCACAUCGAGACCCCUUAGAAAAAUGCUUUGCAUUUUUUGUAUUUAGGGCAGUGUGUUUGUUUCAUAAUUUAUAUUAUCAGUAUUACCGUUUGAGUGAUAAAGUAGACCAAUUAAUUGUGUGUCUUAUUGGCCAAAUGCUCUUAUGUUGGCAUGGACUUUUGAAAACACCUGGUACAAAAUCCUGGAUUAGUUACAAUAUCCAGUUAUUUCAAAUGACUACAAAUGGCUGUAAAAGAGACAAUCUUUGAAGAUGUCUGUGCUAUUAUUCAUAAGUAAAAAUAACAUCAUAAGCAAAACAGACUAUAAUAAAAUACUUUUGUAAUGUGUAUGUUAUCUUGGAUGAAAUAUACACUAUGUUUCUUUGAGCUGCAGUUCUUUAGGAUGAUCGAAGCUAAUGAGAGGAUUUUGUCAGAUGAAUACAUUCUUUUUUUAUGCUCACUCCUCUGUAAUCUACUAUAAACAACUAUUUCUUUGUAUGAUUUAAUUUUUUCGUGCUGAUUAUAGGUAAACAGGCAGAACAGUAAUGAUCUUCAACCGUGUUCAACAAUGAAAAGCACUUCUGAACUGAAGCCCACAGCAUGUGCACUUUGAUCUCAGAUAUGCUCAAAGGCAGAAUACAAUGCAAUCACAUGUACAACUGCACCGUUACAGCAAAUUAAAUGUAUUGAUAAAAUGAU